UUUCUUCGAUUUCUGUUAUUAUAUGUUAGUUUCAUGUAGUUGAUUACAGUAUUAUUUUGGUGUAGUAUUGCUCUGCUACUAUCUGUUCUGUUAUUUCUGUUGGCUGUUUUUAUUUUGAGCUGAGUUUCUAUUGGAAACAACCUUCUCUGAGGUAGAGGUCAGGUGUGUGUAUGUCUUUCCCAGACCUCACUUUGCGGGACUACAUUGAGUAUGUUGGUGUUGUUGUUGUAUUAUUGUGUAUGUUUGCUUUUCAAUGAGGAUGGCCGAUUGAGUGACAAGCUUAGGCAUUUAUUUUAUUUUCCCACUUCUAUGGGUUCUAGGCUUCUAGUCAACUAUAUGUCUUUUUGGUGCAGAUAAUGGACUAGUUUUUUCAUGUGGUUUUAGUUUGAAAUUAUUUUUUAGUAAUUCUGGUCUUGAGCCGGGAUGGUUCACAAGCAUGGAUUUUGGGUAACUACCCAUCAAGGCCGAGAUAGAUGUGCUCACACUUUGUUUCUUAGAGAAUUCUUGAGUUUUUUGCUUAUUAAGAUGGUACUGUAAGCAACCAUUGUUUGACAUGAAAUAUAGUGGAUAUAACAAUGUCCUACCUAUAUCCUCUACUAUAUUUUUGUUACUUGUUCCUCCUAAUAUUGGUUACCCUGUUCUGCAGGUGGUUAUGUUGUUUUCAAGCGAAGACCAAAUUGAUGCGUAUUAACAGACGUUCUGGGAGUACUGAUAUUUCCUGUGUUCUGUGAUACUGGUUGUGUUUCUCUUAUAAACGAGUGCGAGCAAAUUUGUUGUAGUUGAUAAACCAAUAUGCCUAGUAAUUAUCUUUUUAGAGUAGGUGGUGCAUUGAGGCAGGGAAUUAGGAAAUCCAUUUCUGGGCAAGAAAGGGGGCUUCAAUUGGUGGAGAUUUUUUCUGAAGAGCGGUUGUUGUUGGGGAAGUCCUUCUGUUCUGUGCCAUCUGCAAGAUUGUCUGACCUGCAUGUGUUUGUAAGGUCUGGAGCUUUUGCUGCAGCACAGACAAAUUUGAUUAUAGUUAAUCAAAGAAAGAAUAUUUCUGGGAUCAGUGCUAUUCCUUGUACAUUUGGGCUCAAGGGUUUUCACAGUUCUUCAGCUGCAUGUAUCUCUGCUGGUGCUGCUCCUGAUGUGUCCUUUGAUAACUCUCUGCGUGAGGUACAACGUGCAAGUUCAGCAAAUUCUUCUGAACAGAAAAUCCAUAUUGACAGAAGCCUGAAGCUUGAUUCAGGAUCGUCUUACCUGCCUCACCCUGAUAAAGAAGAAAAAGGUGGAGAGGAUGCUCAUUUUAUUUGCAUUGAUGAACAAGUAAUUGGCAUAGCUGAUGGUGUUGGUGGAUGGGCUGAUGUUGGUGUUGAUGCUGGAGAAUACUCUCGAGAACUGAUGGCAAACGCAGUAAUGGCAAUCCGCGAGGAACCAAAAGGUUCAGUAGAUCCAGCCAGGGUCCUGGAGAAAGCUUAUACACUCACAAGAGCCAAAGGGUCCUCAACUGCCUGCAUUAUUGCCCUUACAGAUCAGGGUCUCCAUGCCAUUAACUUAGGAGAUAGCGGAUUUAUGGUGAUUAGAGAUGGAUGUACUGUUCUAAAAUCCCCUGUGCAGCAGCAUGAUUUCAAUUUUACAUAUCAGCUGGAGAGUGGUGGUACUGGCGGUGAUUCACCAACUUCGGGGGAGGUGUUUAAAAUACCUGUUGCUCCAGGAGAUGUCAUCAUUGCUGGAACUGAUGGGUUGUUUGACAAUUUGUAUACCAGCGAUAUAACUGCAGUAGUGGUGCACGCUAGGAGAGCUCACUUACCACCUCAGGUUGUAGCUCAGAAGAUAGCUGCAUUGGCUCGGGAAAGAGCACUCGACAAAAACAGGCAAUCCCCUUUCUCUGCUGCAGCCCAAGAUGCUGGCAUCCGUUUCUAUGGUGGGAAGUUGGACGACGUAACAGUGGUGGUGUCUUACAUAAGCAGUGACAAAAAUGUACGAGGAAACUAUACUCUGACCAACUGACAUGUCAACUCAUUAUGUUCAUUAUUUGCUCGGUUCAUUUUCCUGCCAGAAACACAAGUAUCUCAGUCUUAUCUUUUCACUAUAGCCUCGGAGUUCAAUCCUGGGAAGAAUUUGUUGAUUGAAAAAGGAGAUAGUUGUUUAGUAGUGCACACUGUAUGUUAUCUGUGCAGAAGAAUGAAAAUAGCUCUUUGUCUAGUGUUUUGUCAAACUUUGUGCAGAGUAUUGCUUUCAACCGGUA